GUCUGACAGACAAGGGAAGUCGACCGCAGCAAACUCUUCAAAUUAUUGUCAAUCUGCUCAGAAACGUUACCUUCUGGUACUCAGAACAAUGGAUGUCGAUGCUGUGAUGCUUGGCAGCGGACUGACUGAAUCAAUUGCAGCUGCCGCACUUUCCAAGGCAGGUUACAAGGUUGCACAUAUUGACAUCAACACGUACUACGGUGGAGACGAUGCAUCCUUGACCAUCGACGAGCUCGUCAGCUGGGCAGACGAACGGGCAGCCGCGGGACCGUCCAGUUCCUCGUACGUCUCCGCGCAGCGCACCAAGUUCACGUCCAUCUCGCGGUCGGGCUCGUCAUUGCCUCAGUCUCGUCAAUAUUCAAUAUCUUUGUCACCGACAAUCAUUCCCUCUGUUGGUCCGCUAAUUGACUUGCUCAUCGCGUCUGGUGUCUCGCGGUAUGGCGGAUUCAAGCUGCUUGAGAAGGUCGCCAUCUACACCGGACCUGGCACCGUCAAGCCUGUCCCGGGGAGCAAAGAGGAUGUCUUCAAGAACAAGGAGCUCUCUCUACUGGACAAGCGGAGGUUAAUGCGAUACUUGAUGUUUGCUGCCGGUGACUUCGAGGGCAAGAAAGAACUUGAGGGCAAAGAGGAGGCUCCUUUCACGGAUUUCCUGCGCGAGGUCUUCUCUCUUGACGGGCAGACUGCAGCUGCUAUCGCAUACGCACUAGCCUUCUGUGUCUCCGCCGUAGAUUCGACUCUACCCUCAUUGCAGCGCAUCCGGAAGUAUCUCCGUUCGACAGGCCGCUACGGACCUUCACCCUUCCUCGUUGGCCAUUACGGCGGCCUCGGCGAGAUCGCACAGGGUUUCUGCCGUACAGCCGCAGUCAGCGGUGCAGCAUAUAUUUUGGGACAUAACGUUUCCUCCAUCGAAGCCGCCAAUCCAUCGCAGGAAGGCCGGAAGUACAAGAUCUCUCUCGAAAAUCUCGACGAAUCAAUCACUUGCGACCUCCUCAUCGCGUCGCCGGGAUACCCCUCGCCCCAGCCGCCCAGCACUGACCAGAUAGCAUCUAAUAGCCAUCCCAUCGCACGAGCCAUAAUUGUCAUUGACCGACCUCUGUCGUUCUCGUCUCCUGAAGCGCCGUCCGAGAGCACCGUCGAUCCGUCCACAGCUGAAGAAGCAGACCUCGAAGAGGCAGAACAAAUCCCCCCGAAGCAGGAGCUAGACACUGCUCUGCUGGUCUUCCCGCCGUCGAGCCUCAAAGACGGCUCGUCCAAGGCUGCGGCAAACGUGCUGGUCACAGGCGAAGGUAGCAUGUCCACACCGAAAGGGAGAUGGAUCCUCUACCUGUCGUUACCGCUCCUCGACCAAACUGCCUCGUCCGCAGAAGCGCUCCUGCGCCCCUACCUCGACGCCACCCUCGGCCUAGCCGUCCCCGCUCCGACUCCCACAUCCACGCCUACGCCCGCCGAACCCCUCUUCACGCUCUUCUACAUCGAGCACCCGGACCCUAGCACGUCCGACGCGGAUUCGCAUUCGUCAUCCGUGCUGAGGCCCGCGUCUACUUCGCCGCUCCUCCCGGAGCAAGCCGACUCAGCCACAACGGGUGCGGAGGCGCUGUUCUGGAGAGCGGUGGAGGGCUUGAAGGCUGCUGGGAGACGGCCGAGGCGGAGAGUGGGCGAAGGGGAGGAUGCGAGUGAGGAAGAGGUGGAAGUUGAGGGAUUCUGGCCGCCGUUGGACGUGGUGGAUGAUCCUUCGGAGGAUUGGUGAUCCUACAGCUACGCGGAUGUGUCGAUGCCGCUUGUCGAUGACUCUGGUGUGCUCUAACCUGACUGAAACGUCGUGCAUUUGAAUAGUAUAAGAGAAACCGAGUCACAGAGAGGAACACAGGACAAAUCGAUUGGUAUUACUACUGUACUAUCCGCGGGUCUACGGGCGCCUGAUGCUU